ACUAUUCAUCCCAUUCAGUAAGAAGAAUCGAGUUCCUUUUUAGUCGUUCUUUUUUAUAACUAACCAAGUUCAAUCCUUCUCUUUCCGAACUUCGUCCCUUCGUUGGGAUUGUCAUCCUCUACCAUGAAGGCCUCUCAAACUAUCGUCCCCAUUGCUAUGGGCCUCUUCCCAGCCCUCUCUCAUGCCCAGGCCGUCUGGGGCUGGCAAAUGGAGAACGUCCCCAAGGAUGGUAUCAAGGAAAUUACCUUCCCUAUGGACACCACCGGCACGGAACAUAUGGGGUUUUGCUACUACGCCAACCAGUUCCUCUUCGUCGGACACAGGGACGUCGGCUACGCUGGCCUGCAGCCCGCGUACGACGUCAACGGCACUAGCCGCAUCCGCGGUGUCAUAUCGGCAUGCCUUGGGAAUCUGGCGGCUGUGUCGGGACAUCCAACUAGAAGGCCGAGCGUACCGAGGAAGAUGAUGGCGUUCGCAUGACUACCGGCUGGUUAUCGUUGACCGAAUAUACCCGGACUUUGGGGGCUUAAUAAUUGGAUGUUGGAAGGAUUACAGGGUUCUUGGAAAUCUGCAAACACCCUGUGGGAUGGUCUGGUCGAAAUAUUUGUGCAUAUGCCUGGAGGAACGAAGUGCCUGGAGGAACUCUAAGGUUUAUGCCGCCGUUUGCCAGGAGGAACAAGAGAUGCGAACCCGCAAGCGGGUGUCGCUGAAAGAGAACCUGGAGGAACGAAGCUAGAGGUUGCAGUUUUUGGAAGUCCUACCCAAAAAAAGUAGUCGAAUUAUAUUCACA